CAUCGUUUCGUAGUUGAUUUCCUUUAGAUAACAAUUACUUUGUUCCCUCAGCCUUUGAAAAUUUAAUCAAAAAUAAUUUAAACAAAAUGAAAUUUCUUCCUAAUUUACAAAUCCUUCGUCGUAUGAGUCUUUUGGUAAGGCAAAAUUUCCAUGCAGAAUGUGAGAAAGAAAUUAAUCGUCAAAUCAACAUGGAACUCAAUGCCAGCUACGAGUAUAUGGCUUUGGCAUAUCAUUUUGAUCGAACUGAUAUGGCGCUUCCAGGAUUAAGUAAAUGGUGCAAGAAAUGCUGUGACGAAGAAAAAGUCCAUGCUGAAAAACUAAUGACCUACCUAAACAAACGCGGCGGAACCAUUGUCUUGAGCGAUAUUGAAAAACCGAAAUUUGUAUAUGAGUCGGUGAAAAAGUCAAUGGAAUAUGUGUUAAAUUUGGAAAAAACCGUCAAUCAGAGCCUUUUGCAAGUACAUGCGGUAGCUACGGAAAAUAAUGAUCCAAAUUUGUGUGAUUUCCUUGAAUCAGAGUAUCUUCAAGAACAAGUCGACGCUAUUAAAGAAAUAUCUGAUUAUAUUCGACAAAUUGAACGCUGUGAAAAAGAACUGGGUGUUUAUGUCUUUGAUAUUAAUUUUGAUGAGAAAAAGUAAAUUAUUGUGCUGCUAUCAGAACGAUGUCAAUUAGAAGACUUGGAAAUAAAAUUUUUACAGGCGAAUGUGUGGUUAAAAAUGUACCUCUAUCUUAAA